GAGAGAUUGGAGAUUGCCCCUUUUUUAUAACACUUCAUCUAUUUGUCGGUAACUUUUUUUUUCUUCCUGAAAAUCGAAAAAACUGAAUUAGCAAGCAACAAUGGUUGAGGGGACCUUGAAAUGCUCAGCGAACUAUGUCCCGCUGACCCCAAUAAGCUUCCUUGAGAGAUCGGCGGUCGUUUACAGAGACCGGCUCUCGGUCGUCUAUGGCGAUCUCAAGUUCACUUGGAAGGAGACGCACAUCAGGUGCAUCCGCCUCGCUUCCGCUCUCAGCCGCCUCGGAAUUUCUCGCGGCGACGUUGUUGCAGCCUUGGCCCCAAACGUCCCAGCAAUGUACGAGCUCCACUUUGCCGUCCCCAUGGCCGGCGCCAUUCUCUGCACUCUCAACACACGUCACGACUCGUCAAUGAUCUCCGUUUUGCUCAACCAUUCCGAAUCCAAAAUCCUUUUUGUCGAUCACCAGCUGCUCGACACAGCCAGGGGCGCACUCAACCUUCUGUCCAAUAAAGGCAUAAAAAACCUACCCACAUUAAUCUUAAUCUCAGAUCACACUAACCCACCAUCCAGAACUGAUAUUCAUCAAGAAUACGAGACUCUCCUCUCAACCGGCCAUCCCGACUUCACAGUCCUGAAGCCGGUCGACGAGUGUGACCCGAUAUCCCUCAACUACACGUCCGGAACGACCUCGAGCCCGAAAGGCGUCGUCUAUAGCCACCGUGGGGCCCACCUCAACUCCCUCGCCGCCAUCCUAAUGACCGAAAUGCCCUCCAUGCCCGUCUACCUCUGGACGGUCCCGAUGUUCCACUGCAACGGCUGGUGCCAGGCGUGGGCCGUGGCCGCGCAGGGAGGCACCAACGUUUGCCUCCGAACCGUGACUCCUUCCGGAAUCUUCUGCGCCAUAGCCGAAAACCGAGUCACGCACAUGGGCGGCGCCCCCACCGUCCUCAACAUGAUCGUCCACGCGCCUCCCGGCGACCGGAAGCCGUUGCCACGGAAAGUCUCAGUGGCCACCGGCGGCGCGCCGCCGCCGCCAGCUGUGCUGUUUGGAAUGGAAGAGCUCGGAUUCGCCGUGACGCACUCGUACGGGCUUACCGAGACUUACGGGCCCGGGACCGUAUGCGCGUGGAAGCCCGAGUGGGAUAAUUUGCCUCCCGACGAACGGGCCCGAAUAAAGGCCCGACAAGGCCUUGGCCAUCUCGGCGUAGAGGAGGUCGACGUGAAGGAUCCGGUUUCGAUGGAGUCCGUGCCGGCGGAUGGGAAAACGAUGGGCGAGAUUAUGUUUAGAGGGAAUACGGUGAUGAACGGGUAUUAUAAAGAUGGUGAGGCGACUCGCGAAGCGUUCAAGGGCGGGUGGUUUAGGAGUGGGGAUUUGGGGGUGAAGCAUUCGGAUGGGUAUUUGGAGGUGAAGGAUCGGUCGAAGGAUAUUGUUAUCUCGGGUGGGGAGAACGUGAGCACGAUUGAGGUGGAGUCAGUGAUUUUCGGCCACCCGGCGGUUUUGGAGGCGGCGGUUGUGGGGCGGCCGGACGAGCAUUGGGGGGAGACGGUUUGCGCGUUUGUGAAGUUGAAGGAUGGUUGUGUGGCGAGCGGUGAGGAUAUUAUGAAGUACUGUCGGGAGAAGUUGCCUCGUUAUAUGGCGCCGAGAACUGUGGUUUUCGAGGAUUUGCCGAAGACAUCGACGGGGAAGAUCCAGAAGUUUGCGUUGAGGGAGAAGGCGAAGAGUAUGGGCAGCCUUAGUAAAGCGAGCAGAUUGUGACUUUGUGACGGCUUUUGUUGUUGUUGUUGGGUUGUUUUUUGUUUUGUUUUAUUUUUUUUUUUAUUUUUAUUUUUUUUUUCCAUUUUGUGAGCUGGGCGUUUGUAUUUGUAGAAACUAUGUUGUUGUUGUUGUGUGAUGUGUUGGAACUUUUUCUCCCACCAUUUGAAUGGGAAAUGAGUAUUGUUGGCAAUAGUUCAAACCGGAAACUGCAAAAUUAACGAUUACUAAUGCGUUGAACGGC